AUGUCAAUUCCAAACACUACCAGCUUCCAUCCCUCCGUGUUCUUCCUGUUGGGCAUCCCUGGGAUGGAGGAUCAGCAAAUCUGGAUCUCCAUCCCCUUCUGCUCAAUGUACAUCAUGGCUCUGCUGGGCAAUGCCACUAUCCUGUUGGUCAUCACCUCUGACAAGACCCUCCAUGAGCCCAUGUACCUCUUCCUCUGCAUCCUCUCACUUACAGACUUGGUUCUUUGCUCCACCACAUUGCCCAAGAUGCUGGCCAUCUUCUGGUUUGGUGCCCAGCCCAUCUCCUUCCAUGGUUGCCUCACUCAAAUGUUCUUCAUCCACGCUGUUUAUGCCACUGAGUCAGGUGUUCUGCUGGCCAUGGCCUUUGACCGCUUUGUGGCCAUCUGCCGCCCGCUACACUACUCGUCCAUCCUCAGCCCAGCUGUCAUUGGAAAGAUCAUAGUGGCCUGCCUAUCCCGAAGCCUAAUGGUUGUCAUUCCGUUUAUCAUCCUGAUCCACAGAUUGCCAUUCUGUGGGCAUCAUUUGAUCCCCCACACCUAUUGUGAGCACAUGGGCAUUGCCAAGUUGGCGUGUGCCAACAUCAAGAUCAACAUCAUCUACGGCUUGACGGUUGCACUCUGGCUCAUGGGGAUGGAUAUUGUGCUUAUUGGCUUUUCUUAUGGCUUCAUCCUCCAUACUGUUCUCAAUUUGCCUUCCCAGGAUGCACAACUCAAGGCUUUCAGCACCUGUGGGUCCCACGUUUGUGUAAUCAUGGUCUUCUACAUCCCGGCUUUCUUCUCCUUCUUCACCCACCGCUUUGGUCACUGGGUGCCACCUCAGGUUCACAUUUUCAUGGCCAUCAUCUACCUCCUUUUGCCCCCUGUGCUCAACCCACUGGUGUAUGGCAUUAACAGCAAGCACAUCCGCUGGAGGAUCCUAACUCUAAUCCUGGGGAAGAGAUAG